CUUCACAUCGGGUUGUUGGAUACAGGCAGCUGAUCAGUUUAUUUUAUAAAUACAACCGAGAUUUCGUGAAACACAAUAAAGGUGAAAUCUUGUCCGUUAUGAGUUUCUUCGGCUUCGGGCAGAGUGCUGAGGUAGAUAUUGUUUUAAAUGACGCUGAAACGAGAAAGAAGGUAGAGCACAAGAGUGAAGAUGGGAGGAAGGACAAGUACUUUCUUUUCUACGACGGGGAAACGGUGAGCGGCAAAGUGAACGUCACCCUGAAAAAUCCAGGAAAGAGGCUCGAGCACUACGGCAUUAAAAUAGAGUUCAUCGGACAGAUUGAGCUGUACUAUGAUCGGGGCAAUCACCAUGAGUUUGUGUCUCUGGUGAAAGAUCUCGCUCGCCCUGGCGAACUGUCACAUUCCCAGUCAUUUGACUUUGAGUUCACUCAUGUGGAGAAGCCCUACGAAACCUACACCGGCCAGAAUGUCAAAUUAAGGUACUUCCUGCGUGCCACCAUCAGCCGGCGACUCAAUGACAUCAGCAAGGAGAUGGACAUUGUGGUGCACACGCUCAGUACCUACCCGGAGCUCAACUCCUCCAUCAAGAUGGAGGUGGGCAUAGAGGACUGCCUGCACAUCGAGUUUGAGUACAACAAGUCCAAGUACCACCUGAAGGAUGUGAUUGUGGGGAAGAUCUACUUCCUGCUGGUGAGGAUAAAGAUCAAGCACAUGGAGAUCGACAUCAUCAAGCGGGAGACCACGGGCACGGGGCCCAGCGUCUACCACGAGAAUGACACCAUCGCCAAAUACGAGAUCAUGGACGGAGCACCUGUCAGAGGAGAGUCCAUUCCUAUCCGAUUAUUCCUGGCGGGCUACGAGAUGACGCCCACCAUGAGGGACAUCAACAAGAAGUUCUCGGUGCGCUACUACCUCAACCUGGUGCUCAUUGACGAGGAGGAGAGGCGCUACUUCAAGCAGCAGGAGAUCACCCUGUGGAGGAAAGGUGACAUUGUGCGCCGCAGCAUGUCCCAGCAGGCCACCAUCGCCUCCCAACGCUUCGAGCCCUCCAGCUCCAGCUCCAGCUCAGCGAUAACAGAGAAGACAACAGAGAAAGAGAAAGAAAAAGAAAAAGAGAAUGUUCCGGAGCCGGCCAAGGAGGAGGACGACAGCAGCUAGGCUGCAUAAGGGAGGUGGAGUGGAGCCCAGAGGGGUCAAAAAACCCGGUUCAGAAAGUUAAACAAAAACAAAAAAACUAACAACAUGCCAACACAGGUGACUACACUGAGUAAACCACCGGUCUACCUGUUAUGAGUACUCAUUCCAAUCAGCUGAUUGAAAUGCUGGUUGGAUCAAAUGUGUGGCAGUGUUUGUUUUUUAUUAUUAUUUUGUUGUAUUUUGACUUCCUGAACCCGGGUUUGAUUGUCACCUCUGGCGGGGCCUCUAAGCCAGAUGAGGGGGGGAGGGGCAAAGAGUGGCCAGCCCCACCCCCCUCUAAAGUGCUAACUUGGUCACUGUUCUGGUAGCUUCCAGUUGUUGUUGUAAUUUCUAGCUGCUUCAAAAGGGAUCAGAGAAAUCAAGUCAAGUCACAGCCCCCACAUAGCAGCUCUUUCUCUUGCUCGCUUUUGGCGCGUCCAGGCCGACUGAGAACCGUGCCGGUGCCUGUUCCCGCACCUAAUGGUGAACCGAACAGCGUGUUCGCGCCACAGAUCUUAGUGUUCACGAACUGAAAAAUACAUGGUUUUUCUCUGCGAACUGUGACAAUAUUGCCGUCAGCAUGUUCAUCCGGGUAACACACAGUCCCGUGCAGAAAGGCUCAGAGCCCGUUAUGAACGCGGAUGGUUCGCAGGUAAGCACUUAAGUGCCAAACAUAACUGUUACGGGCACAGGCACCGUUCUGGUCAGCCUGAAAAUGGCCCGAGUGUGCCCUGCUCUCACGCCAGGGCUCAUGGGCCACGUCUGGUGAGCAAAGAAUCGUGUAGCAGAGUAAGAUACCCCAAAUCCCGCCUGUCCAAUGUAAUGGAGUGUGCUUAAGUUCGGUCGCCUAAGGGGGGGCUGGAGGGGGUUGGGGCGUCGUCCCCUCCUUCUUCUCUUUCUGUGGCGUUUGGUGGCAGCUUGCAUAUGAUGUGCGCUACUGCCAUCUACAGUGCCUAGGGAACUCCAUUUAUUCUCAACCUAAAGUCUCCAAAGGUCUCCUAAGCGAAGGGCUCCUAAAGGGGCGUUCACCUGAUGUCACAUGGAUCCAGGAAAAUUAUGGCCUUGAUGUAUCUUAAAGGGGUAUGCCACUAUUUUGGUGCUUAAUACAUUUAAGGUUUAUAAAGGUGGUAAAGUGUCUUA